AUGCCGUGGCGGCCAUUGCCUCGGAUCGCUUUUGCGGUUGCGGUUUAUCCGUUCCAGCCAUCAUCGCCCGCAGAUCUGCCUCUCGAGCUUGGAGAUGAGUUGUAUAUUAUUGAGCAAGGAGGAAAGGAUGGGGCAUGGUACAGAGGAUACCUUGUUGCGCCCCCCUCGCUAUUGGCAGGGCUCACCAGCGUCAAAGGGCAGGCCCUAGAAGCUCGGGUGUUCUCUGGGAUCUUCCCCAAAAACUGUGUUGAAGUACGCGAAGUUCUUGGGGAAACUAAUAGGAACAAAGAGAAUGGAAGUGCGGAACUGGCGCUUUCCAACGGGAAUUUGAAGCCCAUCGACGGCAAGGCAGCUGAUGGCAGCAAAACAAACAGUUUUAUUGGCUUAGCGGAUUUAAAAUCUUCUCGCAAAACGUCACAGAUCACGGUCAUUAAAUUGGAAGACGAUGUCAAGAAACGUCGUUCCGGAUCCCCUUUACAAUCGCCCUCCAUGGCGUUAACACCUCGAUCGACGGGCUCCAGAGAUCCGAACGCCCCCAAACCACCUGCACCAGUUCCCAUGCUCAAAAUCGGAGAUGAAACGCCCACGUCCUUGUCAGAACCUCUGGUAGACGAAAUUGCUUCCUGUUUACGAGAAUGGCACUCGACAAACAUUCACGAACUCCUGUUGACAAGGCAAUAUACGGCAUUGGAAAACAUGUCAAAUAUUGUUUUAGAAUUAGACCUUGCACGCCGGCAAUUCCUCCACAAUGUUUUGACCGCUCAAGAAAGAGCGUCAUUACGAGAAGCAACGGUGUGGAAUUUGGUGCGAGGAAACAAAACAUUGAGCGGAGAUGUUAUCGUGCGCGACCCGAAGCAACGGGGACGAUUACUGACUGGUGAUGACUCGGCUAUCGAGAUGGCAAAGCUACAAUCUGAGAUGAGCAUGCUUGACGGUGAAACGAAGCCGCAUAUUGACAACGUCUCGUUACACCAUUUGCUAUUUGAGGUGAACGCAGUUACAGGAACCAAAGCAGGCUCCGCUCCUCUCUCAAUAAGCCUUUGGCUUCAAUCCGCAAAAGGGGAAAUCAAACAGUUGACCGAAUCGUAUGCUCUAGACAUUCCCUCUGCAGAAACUUUCGUUGCAAUGUCUCAAAACGGAAGUUUGAAAACUCUUUUCACCGAUUUGAACGCCGCAGAUAUUGGGGAUAGUUCUGCAUCCGAUUCAAAGCUCUACCUCGUUGUUCGAGUGCUUGGGCCUGAGUCCGCCAGACCUAGCUUUGUUGCCAAAUCGCGGACGUCCUCGCGCGACGGACCCUCAGGCAACAAAUCUACCCCGGCCCUGAAUAAUGUGGGAAAGGGAAGUCUGAAAUCAAGGCGAAGCAUGAUCUGGGGCCAAAAGACUAGAGGAUUGCCGCACCUUGACCAGAAUGAAAUUUCGCGCCUUCCACAAUCGAGUGGAUCGUCAACUAGUGUUUCUACACAUCCUGAAAGACCAGUUAAAGAAAUAUCUGUCUUGCGUACAGCCGGCAUUGGCGUUUUAGAAAUUGGUUCGAUUCUCAAAAGCGACAAAGACGUGGAUCAGGUGGUCAGUAUUUGGUCUCCCUUGGGUCCAACCGACGAGGAAGACAAUUACACAGAAGGAUUCGAUGACAUAGUUCGCUCGUUAUUACCUAGCCCUACCGGUAGAUACGGUAGAUGUUAUCGCGCAUCGAGACUACAUGCACAUCUUAGCCCUUUUGCAAGUGAGGAUACAGAAACACUCAUCCGAAAUAAUCCGACUUUGCUUCAUAAUGUUACGCAGACAAGAAGAAUCGGUUUUCCAGCAGCUCCAACGAAACCUCGAUCGGACAUCUAUGUUAACUUGUCCAAGGUCAAUAUUUCGCAGGAUGCGUUGCUUUCUCAUCCCAUCAACGGCCAGGUUGCUGUGCCUCAGGUUACCGGCUUGCGGAACUUACAACUUACUCUAGAAGCCCGAAACGCGUCUGGAGCUAGGAUCGAGCAUUGUAUCUAUCCAUCCUCAAACGCUUCAGGGGUGACCGCCUGGAGAACGACAGUUGCUGAACGAGGCUCGGCGUGGAACCAGAUAAUUCGAUUAAACAUUCCCUCCGACGAAGUGCAGGGCUCUCAUUUGAUUAUGAGCGUAGCAGACGCGCCAGAGUUUCCAUUUGCAUUGAGCUGGCUGCCGCUCUGGGACCAGCAAGCAUUUAUUAGGGACGGUCGCCAUAGUUUGUUGCUACAUGCGUAUGAUAAAUCCACUUCCAGCGUGGAGAAUGGAAGAGGCUCCUAUCUAUCGUUACCAUGGAGUGCACUCGGAAAAAAUGAAUCAACGAAAGAUGAAGCCUUAACAGGUCCACUUGCAACUUUGACUCUCGAGACGGAACUUUGCAGCACCCAAUACUCUCAAGAUCAAGCUCUACUGGGGCUUGUGAACUGGAAGGAGAAGCCAGCCACGCAGCUUUUGGAACUCCUGCGGACAAUUGUCUUCGUCCCCGAGAUCGAAAUCGUCAAGCACCUUCGAGAUGUUUUUGAUGCUUUGUUUGGCAUUAUGGUUGAACAGGCGGGCAAUGAGGAAUUCGAAGACCUUAUUUUCAGGGACCUUGUUACCGUACUCGGUAUUGUGCAUGAUCGUCGGUUCAACUUAGGGCCUUUGGUUGAUAGAUAUGCCGAACAAGAAUUCAACUUUCCGUUUGCGACUCCAUGUCUGAUACGGAGUUUCUUACGCCUUCUUCAGGCCACCGCCGACUCACAGCAAGCUCGGAAUCUUCGAGCAGCUUUGAAAGUUGGCAGACACUUAUUAAAAUUUAUAAUCAAUGCGAGAGGUCAGCAGAAAGCCAAAGAAGAAUGCAUUGGCAUCACAAACAUUCAGUCAACUUUUAAUCGAGAUCUGCAUUCUAUUUUCAAGUCGGUUGAGGCACUCAUGCAGAACCCUGCCCCCACUUUGGUUGGUAGCAAGACGCUGGCUGUGCAGCACUUCCAUACCUGGCUUCCCGAACUCUUGAAUGCGGUAGAUAAAGAAGAAGUCGUCAAUAUUGCGUUCAGCUUCAUGGAUGCAUGCAAAGACGUCAAGAAAAUGCUGGUGCUCUACAAAAUCUUGCUAAUUCUGAAUUAUACGAGGCUCCCCUUGUUUGGAGAAUCGGCUGAGAGGAGCCGUCUAAUCUCAAAGAGUAUUGAAUGGCUUUCGCCCUACUGGGGAGAAACCCAGGAUAUCACCGACCAGUAUAGAGACCAGGUUCGCCUUUGCUCGUCUGUGGUAGCAGAACAGCUUAAAACCCCUGAAUCAGGACUUUUCGGGUACAUGCCAAUGGCAGUGGCGUCAUAUUGCGCUAUCGUGGCCGACGGCGUGGAGGAGACCGAAUGGCUCUCCUUGCUUUUCAGCAAAUCCUUUCCCUUCCAACUCAAGCAAUCGAAAACGAAGCAGAGGUUUGACGAAGCGUUAGUUGAGCUUUCCGCAAUCAUUGCCGCGAUGUCAAAGUUACAGAUGCCAAAGGAUUUACCCCUUUCGCAUGACGAGCUAGCGAUCUUCCUCUCUCACAUAUUCAAUGCCCAUAAAUCUGUUCUUGAUAAUGAGGCUUAUCCCGCGACCUGGCUAAGUUUGCACAUAUAUCACCACCAAUCUAUCAUGAAAAGCUUGGAAGAUCUCUCAUCUAUUUUAAUUCAGUCGUUCCUCCCUGCUCCAGAUGAGGCGGAUACUUUUGAUAUGGAAUUAUGGAAGCUGUUCUUCGUUACAUUGCUCAAGCUGGUGUCCAGUGACGCUUUGGCGCUCGAGACCUUUCCUGAGCAAAGACGGCGGGCUGUAUGGAAAAUUGCGGGAGAUGUCCGUGAGCAGGGCGCUGAAUUACUUCAAAAAACCUGGCGUUCUAUCGGCUGGGAUACAACUGUCGAAGAGCGAGCACGGUAUGGGCUGGUUAAACUCGGAGGCUACCAAGUGCAAUACGUCCCGGGCUUGGUGCCGCCCAUCAUCGAACUCUGCCUUAGCGUUCAUGAGGGCCCUCGACGUGUCGCUGUAGAGAUUUUGCAGACCAUGAUCGUGAGCGAAUGGCAAUUGAAUGAAGACCUAUCCGUGGUUGAAGCGGAGAUAAUAUCCAGCCUCGACGAGCUGUUCAAGACUAAAAAUCUCACCGAAAGCAUUACCCAAAAGUUAUUUAUAAAUGAACUGCUUGAAUUGUUUGAAACGAGCUCAACCUCCCCUGAUGCAGAAUUACUGGUCACGUUGAAAGAGUUAAUCGCAACAGUCGACGAACUAUUAGAUCUUCUGGUCGCUUCGCACAAUGGGAAUAUCACGGAAAGUCUUAAUACGAUAAAACUAAUGGAAUUUAUGAAAGAUAUGGAGCGUGGAGACAUCUUUAUUCGAUAUGUCCACGAGCUGGCGCAUGGGCAGGCUGCGGCGCGCAAUUACACAGAAGCCGGCCUUGCGCUUCAAUUCCACGCCGAUCUUUACGAAUGGGAUAUCUCGAAAACUGUUGAAGCACUUUCCAACCCUACAUAUCCGGAGCAAACAGCAUUCGAACGGAAGGAGACUUUGUAUUUCGAGAUCAUUCAACAUUUCGAGGACGGGAAAGCAUGGGCUCACGCACUAUCAUGCUAUCGGGAGCUGGCGGAUCAUUACGAACAUACGAUAAUUGACUUCUCGAAACUCUCGAGGACCCAAGCGUCCAUGGCUCGAAUAUACGAAGCAAUUGUCAAAGAAGACAUUUUGAUUCCCAGGUACUUCCGUGUCACCUUCAAAGGACUCGGUUUCCCGCCGACUUUACGAGACAAACAAUACAUUUUCGAAGGCUCACAGUCAGACCGUAUGACUACUUUCACUGAUCGCAUGCAAAAACAAUACCCAACCGCUCAGCUUGUCCACUACGGUGAAAUUGAAGACCUUGAAGGGCAAUUUCUGCAAAUCGCUCCGGUAAGCGUACACAAAGAUGUAAGCCAUCCAGUGUACCAGCGGCCAAAGGUCCCGCAAUCCGUCCGAGAGCAUCUUUUAACAGCAGUGGCUUCGAACUUCUCCAUCACAUCCAAAAAGCAUUUGAGCAGUAAUCAAGUCAAAGAACAAUAUAUCACGAAGUCAGUGUUCACGACGGCAGAACCUUUCCCUAAUGUCCUGAGGCGAAGUGAAAUUGUUGCAACUGAAGAAGUUGUCUUGACGCCUUUGCAAACGGCUAUUGAACGGACGUCCAGGAAAACGCAAGAGCUACUGAUGCUUGAGAAAAGGAUUGCAUCCGGGGACGAUACUAACCUCAAUAGCCUGACGGAUGUCCUAGGCCAAAUGCUCGACGUUGAAUCCUCGGUGCCAACCUGUGUCGCCCAAUAUCGAGCAUUCUUGACGGGCGAUGAAUUGAAUGAUCAUUCUGCGCUCGGGGAAGACCUUGAUAUAAUACCAGUAGAUCCGCUCAACAAUGCCCUCGCAGUUGCUUUGGUUGACCAUGCGAUUUCGCUGAAGCGAUGUAUAGCGUUAUAUUCGCGCCCAGCAUAUCAGGCUACGCAAGCCGAGCUUGCUCAGCGGCUAGAGACUGUGUUUGCUCCUGAGCUUGCAACUCUUGCGAUAUCACCUUCUCAGCACUUGCCAUCCGAGCCUUCAAUCCAAUUCGGUUCUCGACAAGAGCAAUUUACAAAUGGAAGUAUGCAAGGCGCGUCUUCAACUUCCCAGCCUCGUUUGGCUAGCCUUAAAUCGGACCCUGGACGGCCCUCCCGUGAUAGUAUAGCUAGGCCUUUGAUGGACAAGCCGCCAGCUAGCAACCGCCUUAGCCUUAACCCAUUCAAACGCUCGAAUCAUGUGGCAUCUGGCUCAAAUGCGACCAUUACGGCUGUCAAUACUGCUGUCUCUGCCCAAAAAGAUCAAAGUCAACAAAGCAUUGUGAAACCAAACGGUGUUCCUACUGACCAAGUGACCAGGGCUCCACAACCAGCCGGUGUGAAAUUAGAGCAAGACCGUGAACCUUCGGAUACUGUCAGUAGGGCGCGCAGUCAAUCGCGCGGAGGAAAAAGCGAUACAAGCCGGAAACGGCGAAGCUUCUUCGGAGGCAGUGAAAAGUUCGCCGUUGGCACAAGUGACCCGCAAAGAGGUGCUCACUCAGUUCCGCCAGCAAGUCCGCCCACGGAAGACAUGCGCACAACGCAACAAAGGAUAAUGGAGCGGGCAAAUAAGUCCCGAGCACAACAGAGUCACAAAGAACCCCGAACGCCCAAUUCAAUUCCUAAUAGUGCUGGCCAGCGGCAAACACCACCAAGCAAUGCAAUUGACCACCGCCUCGUGGCAUCGGAUAAGAAUCCACCGCGACCGAAAACUGGUCAUAGCUCUGUCAGUGACCACACCGGUAGUGGUGUUCGAGAUUCGAUGAUGAAGCGAUUCAGCUUGUUAAAGGUCGGCCGGAAAGGUAGCAAAGCUAACUUCCAUGAGAAACCCUUGGGUGGUGUCUUGAGAGAGGAAUAA